CUCCUUUUCUUUUUGCGAAUACAGACUAACACGGCUGCUACUCUGAAAUAUGUCAAUAUACACACUACAGCCUUGCUCCCGCUGAUGUAAGUGUACUACCACACUGAAUAUAACUCCCCCUCCACGAGAGGCAUAGGGGUUGUGUCCGUGUAGUUAGGAUGACCUAUAGACACUGCAUUACCUAUAUCGGUUGUUGGUCUCCACUCCAAACUGGGCUGCCUAGGGUCCCACCCCACACUGUCCCGGGUCCUUGCUCCUGGCUGCCCCAGCUCUCAGCCCCCCACUACUGCCCCUCUUCAGUCAGUGGAAGCACUCAAGGUGAGGAGAGAUACCACCGACAGAAGGAGUGUGGUAGUAUAAGUUGACCUAACUUAGGUUGAUUUAAGAUUGUAAUGCAGAUAUGUACUUAGUUUUUACAGUUAACACCCUCUUGCGAUGAAUGGCCGGUUCAUAACUACUAUGGGUUCUGUGCAGGAAAAACAGCAAGAUGUAUAUUUUAUAUUUGCAUGCUUUUUUAAAAAAAACCAGAAGGGCUAAAAACUCAGGUUUUUAAAUUAAAUUUUAGAUUCUGGGGCACAAUUGUGUGUCUGGGUGGAAUCUGCAGUAGGCUUUGCUACCAUAUAACUAUGAAAAAUAGGAGUCAUCUAAGAGGAUGCAAAGAGAACCUAUUUGUUUUGUGAGCAAAGAUUUUUGCUCCUGGGAACGAUGUAAAAUCACAUGCAACAGGUCAUGUGUAUAAUUUUCUUGUGUUGGGUACCUGUUCCUUUCCCAGUGUGUAUGACUGAAGUUCCAGUUUGACUGGGCUGAAACCAUCUCUAUAGUAUCACUUUGUCCUUUAGUUUCUGGACCUGAUAAUGAAUCCUCCCCCCCGUCCUUUUAUUGAAGGCUCAUGUUCUCUUCAGCAGGCAUUCCCAUUUCAUUCAGUUGUUUUGGCAGGUGAUAGUGACUGUCUUCUGAAGUAAGGCUUUAUUUUCUAGAAUCCUCAAAUAUCUAAAUAGUAGUAGAAAACACUCUAUCUUGGUUACUUAUUCUCAGAUCUGCAGCAACUUUUAAUGUUGCUUGAUCUUUACUAGAAUGUCUUGAUUUUAUUUUAAGAGGGUUCAGUCAGAUUCAGGAUGCAGAUGGCUACUAUAUAGUCCAGGUGCAUUCUGUAACAGAUUGCCCUUAGGGUGUACAACUGGUAAAAAGUAGCAUUAUUGGGAAAAUACCUUCCCUCCCCUCCCCUUCUUAUUUAACUGAGCUGGGGUCACUGAAUUCUUAUCUAUGACAGAUGUUUCUAGAAGAAAAUUUGGGUUAUUUUCAUACUUUACCCUUGAAGCUUUCAGAAUUUCAAAUGAAUUAGCUAUUUUUUUUCCUGAUCUGGUAACUCUAGUGCAAAGGACAUUCAUAGUCAAUAUGUUAAGAGGUCUAUCAAACUUCAUUUAGUCCCAAAUUUGUUUUGAAAGUCUACUUGCUUUUAUGAACAAAACACAUUUCUCCUACGCUAUUUUCUAGCAAAUCUAUCAGCUUGCAAGGCAAAUUUUAGUCACAAAGUUCUCAUGGCUGCUGCUGUAGGAAAACUCACCUCCUUAUUUUCACAGCUUACCACUUACAUUUAUUUUAUAUAAUCUUCAUGUAGGAUGGAAGAAGAGUGACAAAAUCUGCAAUAUAGUGUACCCUGAUUAUUCAAGUAGCAUGAGGCACGCAGCUGUUAUGUGGAUAAUUGGGAGCUCAGUUAAUAGAGAGGGGAGGAGACACGCAGAGGCCGGCUCCUUGCAGUCCUGGCGAAGGGUUUCUGCUCUGUCCCGCUUGCUCCCAUGACAGUGGGGCUGCAGAGGGCUCCCUGCGCUGCCACGACCAGGGACACCCAAUCCUUGCAGGUAUGGGGCAGAGCAGAAAUCCCUGGCCAAGACUUUGCUCUGCCCUGCCAAGAAUUCAACCUUCCUUGCGCCUAUAAGGAUCAAGUGUCACUGGCCCGGUGACAGUGCAGGAAAUCCUGAAGCACUGCUGUCACAACCCUGCUCUUUCGCAGCCCUGCUGUCACAGGAGUGUGAAAAGGGCUCCCUGCACUGCUGCAGGACCAUUCAGCAGCAGGCUGGCUUUCCUGCAGCUUGGAGCUUGUGUCCUUUUCCUUCUUGCAGCCCUGGCUGGGGGUCUCUAGUAACCGAACCUCUGCCUUAUCUAAAUUCCUGCCUUAUCUCCUUACAUCAGACGCAGCGGGGACAAGAAAGGGAUUUGGUCAAUAUGGAGGUUUGGAUAAUAGGGUUUCAGGUAAAGGGGAGUAUACUGUAUGUUUUUCCUUUUGUUUUACAGAGAUUUGUCUUUUCUCCCCCUUAAGUAAUUUUAAUGUAUAUUUCAGUACCCCAAGUGACCACUAAAUAUUUUGUUUACUAUUUCAAUAGCUAAGAAAGAGAGGAGAAAAAGGAAGAAGAAUGGUGCAAUGGUUAGGGCAUUAGCCUGGGACUUAGGAGACCCAGGGUUUAAGUCCGUACUUUCACACAGACUUCCUGUGUGACUUUUGGGCGAAUCACUCAGCCUCUCUGAUCAGUCUGUACAAUGGGGAUAAUAGCACUGCCCUGCCUCACAGGUGUGUUAUGAGGAUCAGUUCAUUAAAGUUUGUGAGGUGCUCAGAUAAUCAAGUAAUGGAGACUAUAUAGGUACCUGUAUAAUUGCAAACAAGGGAUGAAGUUUUGCUGUGUACCUCCUGUAACUGACUGACUUCCUGUCUCCUGCUGCCUGGUAGGAGCUAUAACACUUGCUGUAUGGAAUCUUGUUCUAUAGCAUGGGAGAAGAGGAAGGACUCCACCAAACGCAGCUACUGGACACAAUGUUUGUGCGAGGAUUGAAGAGAAAAUGUUUUGAUGGUGAAGAAGAUAUUGAAGGAACUCUGGCUGGUUUUAAGGCUAUCCCUUCAUAUAAUCUUCAGCGACAGUCACUUUUAGAUAUGUCUCUGGUCAAACUUCAAUUAUGCCACAUGCUUGUUGAGCCUAAUCUUUGUCGUUCGGUACUUAUAGCCAAUACGGUGCGGCAAAUCCAAGAGGAAAUGACUCAGGAUGGGACUUGGCAGAUGAUAAAUACACAGAGUGCAGGACAGACUUCUCUAGAUCGUCUAGUUUCAACAGAUAUCCUUUGCCGUUCAUCCAAGGAACAAGCUGAAGGAAAGCUUGUUCCAGUUUAUAGUACCUUCACUAAAGACUGUGAGGGUACCCAGUCACAAGAUAAUUCGGAAAUUAUGUCAACAGUUACAUCACCACAAGCUCCAAGAAACCUGCAAAGUAACAUGUGGGAAAUGGAGAAUCCACAAGAAAAUAGAGGAAACUUUCAAAAAUCAUUAGAUCAAAUAUUUGAGACGUUGGAGAAUAAAAGUCCUAAUACAGUUGAAGAUCUGUUUUCAGAAGUUGACAAUUCUUACUAUGACCUUGAUACAGUAUUAACAGGAAUGAUGAGCAACACAAAAAUGGGACACUGUGAUGUGCUCGAAACAUUUCCUUCUCAGACAACCACAAAUUCUAACUCUAACUGUAAAUCUGAUCUUAAUGAGCUUGAUCAUAUUGUGGAGAUCCUUGUUGAAUCUUGAAACUGUUAAAUGUGCAGAAGACAAAGAUCCUUCAAGGAAACAGAGGACUUGUGGAAACAAUUUUUCAGAUAGUUUAUUCUAUCAAAACUGCACAUGUAUUUUAUUAAAUAUAUAUAUAUAUAUCUAUAAAAAGCACUUCAUAUUGCAAAAUGUUAAUUUUUGAAGUUAACAUGCAAUUUGUAGUGUCAUUCUGUUUUGUCCAUUUAACUGUAAAUACAUACUGUAAAUGGUUUUAAGUUAGGGCCCAAGGCUUUCAGAAUUGGGCUUUUAUGCCAACCUUUCCUAGCCUUUGAAGGGGGUGUAUGUUCAGUGAGAGGGCUUCUCUCUAUCUUUUGUUUUCCUUCUCCCUUUCCCCCACUAAAAGAGGCAGCAGUUAAGAGAGACUGGGUUCUCCUUUACCUCCUGAUUCUGGAUCAACACUUCAUUCCUACCACCACUUAAUUCCUUCCCUAUCCACUUCCACUGUUCUGCCUGCAGUUACUGCAGGGCUUUUGAAGAGCAAUAUGCAAUAGUUCCCAUUAUCCUAGUUUUUAUGUCUGUUUUUGCUAAAAUUUUCUGUUUAAAUAUAGUUUUAAAGUGUUUAUCAAUGUUUAGAUUUUUUCCAGCUAUUUUCCUAAAAUAUAUUUUUUACUAUAAAUGUCCUGUCAGCUGCUAAUUUAGUAACUUUUAAUCAUAAAUAUUUGCAGUUGAUGUAUUUUUGAAAGACUUACAAGAAGGGAUUUGUUUUUUUACCAUGAACUACCUUAUGUAGUUCCGUAAAGUGUGUAAAUGUAAAUAUACGUUUUAUACAUUUCAUUAAAAUGUAAGUGCUGUUUUCAUGAUUCUGUUUUAUAGAGUAGUACUUUACUAAACUAAGAAUUGUACAGUUAUGCUUUUUAUACAACUUGAGCAUCAUUAGAGGAAAAGCUCUGAUACAGCUAGAUGCAAUUACAGUUCAAACCACAUUUUUGUUAAUUUCAGACCUAAAUUAUAUAGGUUUUUAUUUAUGUAUAUUUAUAUGUAAAUGUCAUCAAGUGAAUUGUUUAUCACUGAAGUCUACCAUCAAAUAGUUGUUUAUAUGAGAACUGUCUUGCGUUAAUUACUACAAAAAGUAUUACUAGAGGCCUUUAAAUCUCUAAUGAUGUGUUCUGAUGUCUUGUCUAAAUUAGUAUGUCCCACCCUUACCUAGACUUUCUUGGCAACUUAUUUUUGAUUAACAGAAGUUAAUAUAAUGUGGGUUAGCAUUUGCUUUCUUUAAGGACUUACACAUUCGUUUUAGAAUGAGUGUAAUCCAUCUUGUCCCUAGGGGCACUUUUGGGGAGGGGGUGGAUCAAAUGUGGCAUACAUUUUUGCUAUAAAAUGAGCAAUUUUUACCUUGGUAAACUGGUGCUAGAAAGAAAUCAAAGUACAUGAUAGGAAAGGAAGGGAAAAGAGAUGUUGUCCUGGAACCUUUUGGUAUUGGCUGUAUGGGGGGAAGAAAUCGCAAAUAGUUCAGUUGCUUUCACUGGUGUAUCAAGGGACUGAGUACAACGUGGAAAAAAUAAACAUUUUUGUAUUUAGCAAACUUUUUUGUCUUCCCACAGGUGAUCUGACCUAUUUCAUGUCUCUCAUGAUUCUCAAAUCUCUAACUAGAGAUUUUAAGUACAUUCCAGUUCCUCAUUUCCAUGAAACUUAUUUCUAAAUAUAAAUACUUCUGUUUCUAGGUGAAUGCGUCUUUAACUUAGAAUUUUAAUAAUUUAAGUGCUUUUGAAAAUGGCUGGUUGAAAAAGCAGCAUUGUAUAGCUAAGUUUUCCCACCACAGUAGAUGGAUGCAUAUUUUUAACUCCAGUUUGUGUCAUUUGUAUGUGAGCUUUCAGUGAACUUGAAAAAUGUUUUUUGUAUUAAACUUGGACAUGAGGUGAUCUUUA